GUCACAUUCAUGGAGCCACCGAGUCGGGAAAUGGAGACGACCUUGUUUGAAAAGGCCAUGUUAGGGAAAUGGGAUGAGGUCGUCAAUAUAUGUACGGAAAAUCCAAUGGCUCUAGUCUCCAGCAUCACCAGGUUACAGGACACAGCAUUACACCUAGCUGUCUCCGACGGCCAAGAACAGACGGUCCGGAAACUGACAGAGAUCAUUUCGGAGCAACCAAAUCCAGAAAUGGUUCUUGGAGUUGCAAACAAGAGAGGGAACACUCCUCUCCAUUUUGCUGCAUUGAUGGGGAAUGUGGCCAUGUGUAAGCGCAUAGCAGUGGUUGAUUCUUCAUUGAUUGCUCUUCGAAAUCAUGAGGGAGAGACUCCUCUUUUCAUGGCUGUUCUCUUUGGUAAAAAAGAAGCUUUCCAAUGUCUUGCCCAGAUGCUUACGUUGGAUGAGGUCUAUAGUUGCUCCAGGAGGAAGAAUGGUGACACAAUCCUUCACAGCGCCAUUUCAGGAGACCAUUUUGAUUUGGCAUUGCACAUAAUUAAACUGUUUGGAGAAGGACUGGUAAACGCCGUCAAUGAGGAAGGAAUCGCUCCUCUCCAUCUACUAGCCGAAAAGCCUUCAGCUUUCCCAAGCGGGAGCCGCCUUGGAUUUUUCAACAGAAUCAUUUAUCAUUGCAUAUAUGUUAUUAAUGAUGACCACAAGGACGUGGUACCACACGAUUAUUAUGAUCCCCAGCUCCCUAUGCUACCGGUAGAUCAAGGACGUCCCAAAUAUGAAAGGAAUCGGCCAAAUUAUCCCGACAACUACAGAACAUGCGUCAACUUCUUUCGAUUGUUUUGGAAUUUCAUUACAUUUGUUCUAGUCGCCAUCGGAAGGAAGGUUGGAGUACACGCGGAUGAAGAGAACCAAAGACAGGGAGGAAAUCCAGAAAUAUUCAAAGCCACCAAUGAAGCAGCUUGGAGGUUUCAAAUUUUUAGGGCUAAUUAUAAUGGCCUUUUCUACAAAUUUUUCAAGCUUGCAAACAGGAUGAUGCUGAUCUUUCUUGGUCUAGGACUUCCCACGAUAAGAAAGAUAUAUGAAGAGAAACAGCAGCACACAUUAUCGAUUCAGAUCAUGAACGAACUUCUAAAGGGUGUUAACAUGUACGAAUAUUAUCACGCUGGCACGAAGCCCUCGCAACCUUUGGAUACACUAGCCGGAGAAGAUCAAGACGAAUCAAAUCCAUAUUCAAGUGUCUUGAGCGGUAUUAAUGGUGAUUCUUUUGAAGCUGAGAACAGAGAGGAUGUGGAAGGAAGCAGUGAAAUGGGAAGAAAUCUUGAAGGUAGCGACGGCCAGCAAAACAGUCGUACCGGAGUGGGGAAAAAAGCUUCGCUUGAGGAUCAUGGGAAGGAAAUGAAUGCGGAAACGGAAAAGGAGACUGCUCUCUUAAUUGCUGCUAGAAAUGGCAUUGCCGAAAUGGUCGAGAAAAUUCUAGAAUUGCUUCCCGUUGCCAUACAUGACGUGAACGCAGAGAACAAAAAUGUAGUGUUGGUGGCGGUGGAGAACAGACAACCGCAUAUAUAUCGACUCUUGUUACGAAGAAAUAUCCUGAUCAGAGAUAGUGUGUUCCGGGUAGUGGAUAACGACGGGAAUAGUGCCUUUCAUCUCGCGGCCAAACUUGGAGCCUAUAAGCCUUGGCUAAUUCCCGGCGAAGCCUUGCAAAUGCAAUGGGAAAUGAAGUGGUAUGAGUUUGUUACGGACUCAAUUCCCUCCAACUUUGUGCCCCGCUACAACAAGAAGGGCAAGACCCCGGAGGAGGUGUUCAUCAAAACUCACAAGCGCCUCGUCAAGAAAGGUGCGGAGUGGCUAACUAGCACCUCCCAGUCCUACUCCGUCGUCGCAGCACUCAUAGCCACUGUGGCCUUCGCCACCUCCACCACAGUUCCCGGAGGUGUACAGGAGGGGACAGGCACUCCAACGUUGGAAAACAAACCUGCAUUCCACCUUUUUGCAAUCUCAUCACUUGUUACGCUCUGCUUCUCGGUCACCGCCUUGGUCAUGUUCCUCUCCAUCUUAACAUCACGGCACCAAGAGAGAGAUUUUGGGAAGGACCUGCCGAGGAAGCUCUUGAUAGGUCUGACAUCGUUGUUCAUUUCGAUAGCUUCGGUGCUGAUUUCAUUCUGCUCGGGACAUUUCUUUGUGGUACAAAAUGAACUAAGAUAUGUGGCAUUUGCAGUGUAUGCAGCAACGUGCCUACCAGUAACUUUUUUUGCUGCAGUGCAGUUUCCGCUAUAUUUUGAUCUUAUACAUGCUACCGUUACGAAGGUGCCCCGACGAAGCUACAAGCCAACUCUCUAAUGUCCCUUUUUUUUCCAUUUUUUCCCCUUAUCUUCUCUCUUUUUUCCAUUUCAUCAAAUAAAAAGUUCUAUUUGUCAUGUUCC